UUGGUCAAAAGCUGUUCACACAGUUUCGUGGGCGGAGCUCUUCUGGUGCUACAAACCCAAACCCGUUCAGACUCAUAGUUCAGACAAUGCUACACAAAUAUGCUGAACAGGAAGUGUUGCAGCCGGUCUAAUCCAUAGCAUGCUAAAUUGCAAGGUUAGAUCAAACUUGUCACCGACGUAUUCAUCCAAACUGGAAGCUAGAUUCAUGGAAUGUCAAUAUCAGGGAAAGGGGUAGAAAAAAACAAUGACGUAGCUUGCGUGCGUCAUUGUAUGCGCACUGAAAGAGAGAAGCCCGCCUGGGCACGAGACGUAGGCCUGUUUAACAUCUGUGUAUUAGUGAAGCCUUUCUGGCAUUGAACAACUGGCAUUGGUUAUACCAUCACAGUAGCCUUUGACCCCGUGACAUCUGGGCAUCAUGGAGGACCUGGCUUCUCCCUCUGUCCUACCAGGACCCUCUCAUGUUCCAUGCUGGAAUCCCACGGAGCGCAAGACCCGGAAAACAGGGACACACGAUAUCUUCCAGGGAGUGAACCUGAGGCAGCUGCGGCGCCUGUUUCAGGUUGCAGGAGACCAGGAUGCCGAGCAACGAGCCAGGAUGGUGUGGAGAGGAGGCCGCAAAACAGCCCAGGGGGAUAAGGAGGAGGAGGAGGAGGAGGAAGUGCGCGCGGAGGUGGAAAUUGGGUUAGCACAGGCACUGGUGGGGCUCCGGGUCCGUUCGCGCACCAGAAGCGGAAUGAGAGCAGACAGACACCGGGACGGAGACAGAAGGGUUCGUCCCUCAACACAACACCGGAGCGGUGCUGCAUCAUCAGGGCAGCCUGUGGCCGUUCCAGAUGUGAACUCAGAGGAGGAGGAGGAGGAGGAGGGACUCACUGGAGAACUGGAGCAGGCGACCACCACUGAGGGGCCGGCCAUCGCACUGAGUGACAAGGAGAUGGUAGACAUGACCUCCAAUAGGAGUGGUGCCAGAGAGAAGGAUCCAGAGCGCCACCUUCACAGGAUCCGACACUGAUGGGAUUACACGAGAAGUUUGGAAAAUGGGAUCGAAGCCCAUCUCCAUCAAAUGAUCUCCAUCAGCCUGGACCACACUAUUUAUCCUUUAUCUUUUGAGACACGAGCCAAUCAGUAUCCAGUGAGACUCUGAGAGGAAUGCUGACAUUGAAGACUUUGGAGGAGUGGAACGGAGUUUUCUGUUUACUUACACCGAGACACACUACUUAGCCUCAUUCCUCACCACAGAACUUACACUUGCAUACAUUAUACUACAAUUGAUCAGUUAAACUUGAAACACACACACACACACACACACACACACACACAAACACAAACGGCUCGUAUAAGCUUUGUGAAACCCCUACUGGUGUGUCAGUGGAGGGUUCCUGCUGCUGAGUGUUGGGUGAGGAGCUGCUAUGUGAAGGUGCUAUGUUCAGAGAACCACACGGCUCACAUGACUGGGUCUGUUUAACCCCUUACACUAAGCAAUAUGUACUGCAUGCAAGAAUACAUGAUUAUAUGAUUAGGUACUGAAUGCAUCUCAAAGGUCCAUUAAAACACUAACUUGAAAACAAAAA